CCGCCUAGCAGCUGAAACGCGAGGGGCCGGGCUGCGAGCGGGGCGCGCAGCGGUUACUCUGGUUACUGUCCGCGAGGGAUGCUGGGGACCCGGCGGUCUGGAGCGGGCGCCGCGCUCUGAAGGACGCUCAUCCGAGACAGCCAUUCAUCCUUAAAGAAGGCAAGUGUCGGUCGGACAGGUUCCGGGAGGUGACUUCGGGGCUUGCUGAGGAGGGAUCUCCAGGGAGAACUGAGCUUCCAGGCUCCGGCCGCGCUUCGGGACGCCGUGGCCAUCUUUUGUUGGAGAAGGCUGCCGGGGUGUUGCUAGGGGCGGCUUUCCCAGCACCCAGAUUCUUCUACGGCCCGGAUUCCUUCCUACUGAGCACCUGCUACUGGUGACAAAGGACAGUUUAUAGCUGGACGAGCGGACAUCAUAGUAUACAGCAACAUUCGCACCCCUCUGCCCAGUAGAGACCGACCUACCUGUCCAUUAGUUGGCUGAAUGAAGAAGUGUGUAAUCAGGAGCCGUUGAGUAGGCGGGUUUUAAAUGCUGCUUUUUAAGAUCUGGACAACUUAAGAUACAUUUGUACUCUCAAUGAUUUAAAAAACUGAUCUCAUCUGACUGGUGAUCCUGAAACUAUUGACCGGAAGGAGUUCGGCAGGUCUCUCGGACCCCCUUUGUGAACUAUAUUUUGGGUACAACAUUUUAAUCACCGAAACCCUUCUGAGGAAAAAAGACUCCCACUGCCCCCUGCAAAAAAACAAAAACAAAAAAAACCAAACCCAAAACCCCUAAAUCCUCAGUCUUAGCUGGUGCCACCAAAGAAGCUUUUGAGCCAUGUGGACUUUUCUUGGAAUUGCUACCUUCACCUAUUUUUAUAAGAAAUGCGGGGAUGUCACCCUGGCCAACAAGGAGCUCCUGCUGUGCGUACUGGUGUUCCUGUCGCUGGGCCUGGUGCUCUCCUACCGCUGUCGCCAUCGAAACGGGGGCCUCGUUGGCCGCCAUCAGAGUGGCUCCCAGUUCGCUGCCUUCUCAGAUAUUCUCUCUGCUUUGCCUCUUAUUGGCUUCUUCUGGGCCAAAUCACCCCCUGAAUCAGAAAAGAAAGAACAGCUGGAGUCCAAGAGGCACAGAAAAGAAGUCAAUCUGUCAGAGACGACGUUAACGGGAGCAGCUACCUCAGUAUCGACAUCAUCUGUGACGGACCCAGAAGUGAUCAUCAUAGGGUCUGGUGUACUUGGCUCUGCUUUGGCAACAGUACUCUCCAGAGAUGGAAGAAAGGUGACGGUAAUCGAGAGAGAUUUAAAAGAGCCUGACAGAAUACUUGGAGAGUGUCUGCAGCCCGGUGGCUAUCGAGUUCUUCGAGAGCUGGGCCUUGGAGAUACAGUAGAAAGUCUUAAUGCCCAUCAUAUACACGGCUACGUAAUUCAUGACUGUGAAAGCAGGUCUGAAGUUCAAAUUCCAUACCCGGUGUCAGAAAACAACCAAGUGCAGAGUGGGGUUGCUUUCCACCAUGGCAAGUUCAUCAUGAGUCUCCGGAAAGCAGCUAUGGCAGAGCCCAAUGUAAAGUUUAUAGAAGGUGUUGUGCUUCGGUUACUAGAGGAAGAUGAUGCUGUGAUUGGUGUGCAAUACAAGGACAAGGAGACUGGGGACACCAAGGAGCUCCAUGCCCCACUCACUGUUGUUGCCGACGGGCUCUUCUCCAAGUUCAGGAAGAACCUCAUCUCCAGUAAAGUCUCUGUUUCCUCCCACUUCGUUGGCUUCAUUAUGAAGGAUGCACCACAGUUUAAAGCCAAUUUUGCGGAGCUUGUUCUGGUCGAUCCCAGUCCAGUUCUCAUCUACCAGAUUUCAGCCAGCGAAACUAGGGUGCUUGUCGAUAUUCGAGGAGAAUUGCCAAGAAACUUAAGAGAAUACAUGGCAGAACAAAUUUACCCACAGAUACCUGAUCACUUGAAGGAAUCAUUUCUGGAGGCCUGUCAGAAUGCUCGUCUGCGGACCAUGCCAGCAAGCUUCCUUCCUCCUUCCUCAGUGAACAAACGAGGCGUCCUUCUUCUGGGAGAUGCGUAUAACCUGAGGCAUCCUCUUACUGGUGGAGGAAUGACAGUCGCUUUAAAAGAUAUAAAAAUAUGGAGACAACUGUUAAAAGAUAUUCCUGACCUUUAUGAUGAUGCCGCUAUUUUCCAGGCCAAAAAGUCAUUCUUUUGGUCAAGAAAAAGGAGCCAUUCCUUUGUUGUGAACGUGCUGGCUCAGGCGUUGUAUGAACUAUUUUCUGCUACAGAUGAUUCCUUGCGUCAGCUCCGAAAAGCUUGCUUUCUUUAUUUUAAACUUGGUGGAGAAUGUUUGACUGGUCCUGUUGGGUUGCUUUCUAUAUUGUCUCCUGACCCUUUCCUAUUGAUUCGACACUUCUUCUCCGUUGCAGUCUAUGCCACGUAUUUCUGCUUCAAGUCAGAGCCAUGGGCUACAAAACCUCGGGCUCUUUUCAGUAGUGGUGCUGUACUGUACAAAGCGUGCUCUAUACUGUUUCCUCUCAUCUAUUCAGAAAUGAAGUAUCUGGUUCACUGAAAGGGAAACCACAUGGAAGUCAAGUCCAUUGGGACUUGAGGAGGAUGUACAUAGCCUAGGACUGUAUGUGUGACUUCUGCAGUGGUGACUCAAGGACCAAGCUUGUGUAUAAGCAUGUAAAUAUAUGCCUUAAUUCACAAUUGAGAAUGAAGGGUCAAAUAAGCUAGAUGUUUAAAAGAAUGAUUGUUUCCACAAAUUAAUGUUAACACUCAAGUGUUUGAUUUCAGUAUUGGGGUGAUUCAUUGGGACAUGCCAAUAAAAUGAAGAGUGAACUCUUACAGAA